AUGGCCGCUGGCCUGCCUUCCAAGGCCGUCUCCCAAGACCUAAGGUUCCUAAUCCAAUUGGCCAGCGUACCUGUUUCAGAAGGGCUAUGCACCCACGACAGUCAAAACAUGAUGACCAAUGUGGUCAUGUUCCUCAGACACACCGAGAGCUCAUUUGAGAAGGCUAGUAAGCUCAAGAAGAAAGACUUCGCGACACUUCAGUAUGAAAUUAAGAGAAUCAUGGCUGAUGUCCAGAAAAAAAUGGUCGUCCACCGGCAGAAAGUCCUACGCCAUAAGACAGACAAUCAGCUUGGUGCAGUCGAAGAAAAGAAAUUCAUGAUUACUGCCAGGAAAAAAAUUCCUAAACUGUUUGAAAGCUUAGCCGGCAAUGGAAGACAGCAGAAUGAGCAUUCCAAGCUCAUUGGCUACAUAAUGGGCUACCUGUCCAUGCUCACUGGACACAGAUCCAUUGUACUCACUAACAUGACCAAGGAACAUGUGAUGAACUUUGAGACGUGGGAUCAUGGCAAGAAGUUCCAAGUUCUGGUGGAUGACCACAAAACCGUGAGGUCAUUUGGCCAAGCUGCAUUUUCCCUCAACAAUGAGGAGUUUACGUGGCUUGAAUGCCUGACCAAUGGCAAGUGCUGUAAGCCAGGCCAGGCCAGCAAGUAUGUGUUCCAUACAGUGCUUGGCAAGCAGAUUCAGAAGCCGUUAAACUUCCUCCAUCUGGCUUGGGUGGAUGCUGGAAUGCAGGGGACUGUCAGCUUCAACAUGAUCCGGAGCAGCGUCUCUACUCAAGCCAACAAGUACCUCUCUGAAAAGGAGAGGAAGCAGGUGGCAAAACAUAUGUGCCAUGACCCCAGCACAGCAGAGCGAUUUUAUGUCGCUCUGCCAGACAAAGUGAUGGGGUAUGAAACCAGAAAGUUGCGAAUGAAAGCCUUGCAGAGUGCUGCUGCCAACCCCCCUCCAGAUGACAAAAGUGAUGACGAUGAACUCAUCUUAACUGAUACAUCGGAGACAAGCUCAAGUGAUGAGGAACCUGUGUAUGAUGAUCAACCAGAGUCAAGCUCUUCACUGUCUGAUGAGGAGUUGAAGAGCAGGCGUCAAAAACGAGACCAGAAGGAGGUUGGAUUUCCCACCUAUAUCCAAGAAGCAGGGCUGCUGACAGAAACCUCUGGCGGGGAGAAUGAUGUCUGUGUUCCUGAGCCCCAAAAUCAGAUGACACUUGAGUGUGUGGAUGAAACGCCCCCAGAGAACGUGCCAGCAACCCCAGCCGGGGAGAAGGAAGUCUGUGCUCCUGAGCCCCAAAGUCAGAUGACAUGUGAUUGUGUGGAUGAAACGCCCCCUGAGAACGUGCCAGCCACCCCAGCCGGGGAGAAGGAAGUCUGUGCUCCUGAGCCCCAAAGUCAGAUGACAUGUGAGUAUGUGGAUGAAACGCCCCCUGAGAACGUGCCAGCAACCCCAGCCGGGGAGAAGAAAGUCUGUGCUCCUGAGCCCCAAAGUCAGAUGACAC